GACGUCAACAAUGCGUUCUUAAACGGUAUUCUUUUUAAACCCGUCUACAUGGCUCAACCACCGGGGUUUGUUGAUCCUCGAUUUCCCGACCACGUUUGCCGGUUGAAGAAGGCUCUUUAUGGACUCCGACAGGCACCUUUGGCGUGGUUCCAUCGGUUCAGCACUUUCCUUUUUCUUCUUGGGUUUCGCCAGAGCCGGUCUGAUUCAUCUCUCUUCUUUCUUCACAGGGGCCGUUCCACCAUAUAUCUCUUGUUGUAUGUCGAUGACAUCAUCCUUACGGGCAACGAUCCCGAUCUGCUCAGGAACCUUAUUCAACGCAUACAUCUCUAAAUAUGCUUGUGAUAUCCUGGAGCGCUUUGAUAUGAUAGACUCCAAACCCGUCUCCACCCCAUUGGCGGCGGGUGAUAGCUUGGUUAGCAGUGGACCAUCAUAUUAUGAUCCGACUCUUUAUCGCUCUAUUAUUGGUGCUCUGCAGUACUUGACUAUUACUCGUCCUGACUUAUCAUUUGCUGUUAAUCUUGUCAGCCAGUUCCUUCAAUCACCGACGGAAGCUCAUUUUCAUGCUGUCAAAAGAAUUCUUCGCUACGUGAAAGGAACUGUUCACUAUGGGCUCUCCUUUGAUCGUCGCCCUGACCAAUCUAUUCUAGCCUACUCAGAUGCAGAUUGGGCACGAUGUGUUGAGACUCGUCGCUCUACGUAUGGAUAUUCCAUUUUUCUUGGCGGAAAUCUGGUCUCUUGGAGUGCAAAGAAGCAACCUUCAGUUUCUCGUUCUAGUUGUGAAUCUGAGUAUCGUGCUCUCACCAAUGCUGCUUCUGAGGUCAUUUGGGUAGUCAACUUGCUUCGUGAACUUCAAGCUUCUUCCGAUUCAGUCCCACUUCUUUUGUGUGACAAUAAGAGUGUUGCUUUUCUUAGUCAAAAUCCUAUUGCACAUAAAAGAGCGAAGCAUAUAGACAUUGACUAUCAUUUUGUGCGUGAGUUGGUCUCUUCGGGCCGUCUGCAAACACAAUUUGUGCCCUCUCAUCUUCAGCUUGCUGAUAUCUUCACCAAAAGUCUUCCUCGCCCCGCCUUUGAACUUCUGCGUUCCAAGCUCUGCGUCUGCCUACAUCCCACGCAUCGCUUGACGGGGGGUAAAAGUGUAAAGCAAAGCAUUAAAUAGAAUAUAUUUUCUUUC